AUGCUUCCACGCACCAAGUACAACCGCUUCAGGAAUGACUCGGUGACAUCGGUCGAUGACCUUCUGCACAACCUGUCGGUGAGCGGCGGCGGCAAGGGCGCAGCCACGCGCGCGGACCCGGCGGCGGCCCCUUACCUGGUGUCCGGCGAGGCGCUGCGCAGGGCGCCCGACGAUGGCCCGGGCAGCCUGGGGCACCUGCUCCACAAGGUGUCCCACCUGAAACUCUCCAGCUCGGGCCUCCGAGGCCUGUCGGCCGCCGCCAGGGAGCGGGCGGGCGCGCGGCUCUCGGGCAGCUGCAGCGCGCCCAGCCUGGCCGCCCCGGACGGCGCGGCGCCCCCCGGCCCGAGCGCCCCGGCCAUGCGCGCAGCCAGGAAGGGCCGUCCGGGCGACGAGCCUCCGGGAAGGGCUCCCCACGCCAGCGAGCAGGUGCUGGGCGCCGGCGUCACCUACGUCGUGAAGUACUUAGGGUGCAUUGAAGUUCUUCGCUCAAUGAGGUCUCUUGACUUCAGCACAAGAACACAAAUUACCAGGGAAGCCAUCAGUCGUAUUUGUGAAGCUGUUCCUGGUGCCAAGGGAGCCUUUAAAAAGAGAAAGCCUCCCAACAAAAUGUUGUCCAGCAUCUUGGGCAAGAGCAAUCUUCAGUUUGCUGGCAUGACCAUUUCCCUGACCAUAUCCACCGCCAGCUUGAAUCUGCGAACGCCUGACUCCAAGCAGAUCAUAGCGAAUCACCAUAUGCAAUCCAUAUCCUUCGCAUCUGGUGGAGACCCGGAUACAACAGAUUAUGUUGCGUAUGUAGCCAAGGACCCUGUCAACCGCAGAGCUUGUCAUAUUUUGGAAUGCUGUGAUGGUCUGGCCCAGGAUGUUAUUGGUGCCAUUGGAACAGCCUUUGAGCUCCGGUUUAAGCAAUAUUUGCAGUGUCCCUCCAAGAUCCCCACACUCAAUGACCGAAUGCAGAGUCUGGAUGAUCCUUGGACAGAAGAGGAGAGCGAUGUUUCAGACCAUCCCUACUACAACAACAUUUCAAGCAAGACACCCCCUUCUGGAGGAUUUGCUGAUACACGCCUGAAAACAAAGCCCCAGGCCCCUGAUGCUGUCCAGUUUUCAGGAAAAGAACAAACAUACUACCAGGGAAGACACUUAGAAGACCCAUUUGGUGAGGACUGGUAUCCAACAUCCAUGAGGCAAGGGUCCUUGGACCUCUACAGCUUGCCAGAUGGAAAAUCACACUCGGUCCCCAUGGGAGAAGUGCCCACCUACAUCAAUACUCAGCGCCUCCCGCCACAGACGGCUCCUGCCUCUGGCAGCAGCUCGGAGAACAGCCCCCGCAAAGACCUCUUUGACAUGAAACCUUUUGAAGAUGCGCUCAAGAACCAGUGCUUGGGGCCUGUAUUGAACAAGGCAGCCUCUGUGGAGUGCAUCAGUCCUGUCUUACCCAGAGCUCCAGAUGCCAAGAUGCUGGAAGAGCUGAAAGCAGAGCCUUGGUACCAAGGAGAUAUGAGCAGGAAGGAGGCUGAGGGGCUGCUGAAGAGAGAUGGAGAUUUCUUAGUCAGAAAGAGCACCACCAACCCAGGUUCCUUCGUCCUUACAGGCAUGCACAAUGGCCAGGCCAAACACCUGCUACUCGUGGACCCAGAAGGCACGAUCCGGACGAAGGAUAGAGUUUUUGACAGCAUCAGCCAUCUGAUCAACCAUCACCUGGAGAACACCCUGCCCAUUGUCUCUGCUGGGAGCGAACUCUGCCUCCAGCAGCCUGUGGAGAGGAGGACCUGACUUUAUGACCUGGCAACCAUCGGCAGGAAAAGUCCCUUCUGCAGAAGGGUACAGGGCCAAGUGAAUAGGACAUUCGUUUGCAGAUUCGCUCUGAUAAACAAUGCAGAGUCAGGUUUUCAUAAAGUGAAAAUUUCAGAAACUUAUUCCAACUUUUCAUGUGCAUAUCAAAGGUGUACAUACCUAUACAUUCUGUACAAAUGAUCCCACUAUAUUUAUAUUUUUUAAGACUAAGAUAGAUGUAAGACUAACAUCCUGUGCUUUAUGUUUUCAAUGGAAAAAAAAGUCUGACUGUAAUUGUUGAGGCUAAGAACUUAAUUUAAUAGACCCUCUCCUCUGGGAAAUUCCACUAGGAAGGUGUUGUUGGCAAUGGAACAAGCACAGUACUGGAGUACAAGUAGGCUGGAGAAAGGAAAUAGACAUGGACUUGGAAUAGAAUAUGGCAAACGCUGUCCCCAAAGGUCAAGAUUUGCACAUAGCCAUUGAGGCACUGGUCCUAUGGCCAGUUCUCCUUGGGAAUUUUGCAUCUUCUUCUCUAUGUCCUAGUUUGCUGUGUUACAUCUGGGUUUCCAGCACUAGACAGUCUGUGAAGGUAUACUAAAGAUCAGUAUUGCUGUAGCAGAUUUAGGGCAUGCAGAGCAUGGAAAUACUGUUCACUCUGACCUCAGUUGUCUAGGGAUUGAAGGAACCUGAUUUACUGCUAAACAUAGCACAAAAUAAGUCUCUCUGAUUAAGACCAAGAUUGGAAAGACUUUUGCUUGUUUUGAUUUGUCUAAUAACAG